AUGGCGAGGCAGAGGUUGAACACCCUGAUCCAAAGGCCCAAACACACCCGGGCCGCAGAUGAGCCCCCUGAGAUGACAGGGUUUCCCGAGGAACCUGUAGAGCUGGGCCAGCCCAACACCCUCAUCUGUCUUAUUGACAAGUUCUUCCCACCAGUGCUGAAUGUCACGUGGCUACUCAAUGGGCAGCCGGUCACUGAGGACAUCGCUGAGACCACCUUCCUGCCCAGCUCAGAAUUCAGUUUCCAUAAGUUCCACUACCUGACUUUCCUUCCAACAGCCAAGGAUGUGUCUGAUUGCAAGAUGGAGCAGUGGGGCCUGGACAAACCCCUCCUCAAACACUGGG